AUGGGCGAACGGCUUGGCGCGAUGCGUCAUGGUCACCAGCCCAACGACAGCCUAGCGCGGGGCGUCAUGGUCAUCGUCGCCCAUGCCAACGUCGCCAAUGACCUCGUCUUCGUCAACCACUUCACCCAGUUCAAUGCCAACCAGUACGAGCACCACCACGUCAACAUCAGCGCCCACGACGCCGGUCAGCGGCCCGGGCAAGCGGCGACCAGUGCAAGGGACGCGGUGAAGAGGAAGCACGAGGCGGACACAAGGACGUUGGUUGGGAGUCACCUUUUUACCACAUAA